AUGGCAUACGAGUCGUUAGGCGGUAGUAAUGGGCCAGACCAUGACAGUGUAAUUUUAGUUCAAUCCAAUCCAUCUCCUGGAUCUGUGACUGAUAUCACUUGGUCACUGGUCUCGGCCUGGCCUCGUCCUACGAGCGAUCCACAAGAUCGUUCACCUAACGUCUGUCAUGUUGACCCAACGACAGGUGUCUUCUCCAUGAUGUCCUAUUUCAACCUGACGCUGACAGAUGAGUCCUAUCCAAGGUCACGCCCAACGCGUGCACCCGGAGGUUUACAAUAUGACCCACGGAGUAAUCGUUGGUCCAAUUUCAGUAUAGCUCCGGAUUAUCGAUGGGAUGAUGCCACAGCAAACUUCAUCCUUUUCAAUUGGCCGGGAACCUCCACGCUUUUUCAGGCCACUAUUGGUACUGCUAAUACUAUCAACAUUGGCAAGCUGUAUUCAAAUGGCGAAGACUUUAAUAUGUUUUCCAAUAUUGCAAACUGGACUUUGGAUCCUCUCAUUUACGGAGACCCAAAGUGGUUGUUUUAUGGCAACAACAUGCUUUAUCAAGUCGGGACAUACCUUUACAACAACAAAACAGGUGCACUUAAAACUAUUAUGACCCAGAUCCCGAUUUCUGGUAAUCCCUUGGUAUUUCAGCCACCAACUAAUCCACGUGUGUUAAAAUCUGACAGCUUGGACACAUGCGAUCUAUCAUUCCUGUAUGGCAGCUAUUACAAGGAUACUCUUUAUAUCUUUUGCCAAGGUCAGGAUGGCGAUAGCUUUGCGGGAUUUGGCGGGGUGAGCUUAUACGAAGAUAUUAAGGAUAAUAAUGGCUCUGAUGCAUCAUUAGACGGGCCAUAUCGGUAUAAUUUGGAUCAAGUUAAAGGAGCGUCAUUUCAACCGAUCGAAGGAUAUUAUAACGAAGAGCUCAAACGGUUCGCACUCAUGAUCAACUCGGCGGAUGGAUUUCCCAUGGUUGGACUCCCACUCCAUCAGCCGUUCAGUGCAGGGGCGACCAAGGUCACUUAUGAAAUCAACAUCACUGACAACUACGGCACUCCCUUCCACCUUCCUGAGAACAACAAUACAGGCGCCAUCAUCGGAGGCUCGGUCGUAGGUGGGUUGAUUUCACUAGCCCUCAUGAUGUAUCUUCUUGUCCGUUGGCGGUGGCCACAAUGGCAACGAUGGCUGAAAAGCAAGAUUUUACAAAUAUUAUCCGCGGACGAUAGUGAAGAAGAACUUGGUCCGAGGGGUAAACAUAGUCUUAAUGGUGACGACAGUAGCGACAACAUGGAUCGCCCUGGAGCUAGAGAGAACGUCAACAAGAUUGAGGACCCACUCCUUCAGAAUUAUGACUUUGAUGGUAGAGAUAAGGUUCUAGCCACAGAAAAUGGCAUGUCAACAAAUGCGAUAGACACCGCAACAGCAUAUAUGCAGGGUGUACCACUGCAACGACAUCCAAGGCCAACAUUUUUCACUACACUAAAUCCUGAUCUAGAUGAUUCAGAUUAUAGCACUUCCGACCUUACUGAUGACUCCUCUUUGUCAAGAGCACCUGUCCAAAGAAUUGAGAAUCAUCAUGUACUAAGUACAGCCAACGUUAUGAGCGUUGCUACAGCUGUUUUGCGAACCUUACCAACAUCUUUCUCCAGCAGUAGCGGUGUCAGCAGUAGUGUUAGCAGAGCCAGAGAUAUAGGUAGUGACGGUGACGGUGGUAUUAGAAAAAGCAAUAGCACAGGAGCUUUGUCAUUGACACCAGCACCGCAUAUACCUCUAUUAUCGUCUUUGCGGCACCAACCUUCCGCUCCACUUCUAGAACCCAGCAGUAGCAGCUUUACCAAUAACGACAAAGACUUUAAUAUUGCUACCUCACAAUCCGAGGAAAUUCCCAUGACUUCAAUAGGAGGGACAGCAAUAACGACGGCCCGUAGCAACCACUAUAACAGUAUUGAAGAACCAGUUAUACCGCUAUCAUCUUUACCGUUGUCGUCUUCAUUAAUACCACCAUUACCGUCGCCAUCACCGAUGAGCCCGCUCUGUAGAAGGACAUCCAUAUCGUCAACAUCAUCUACUUGUAUUCCAGAGGAAGCAGCCCCUCCUUACUACCAAUGUCAACAGCAUCAGCAUCAGCUCCCUAACCACAAUAGCAUACUACAGCAGCAAUUAUCACCGCAGUUAUCACAACCAUCAUCAUAUUCACAAACAUCAGAGCCAACGCAGCUAAUGCAACCAAAAGAUCAACAAAAUCAAAAUCUUUCCCAGCUAUUACUUUCUAUUCCUACAUCUCCCUUCUCUACUCUUCCUAUACCCUCCGCUCCGAUGUUAGACAUCAGAGAACAAGAACGAAUCGAGCACCAACAACAAGAUCGAGGGCAAGAUUAUAAAGAACAACGUGAUUCUGAGCAAACAUCGAAACAGGAAAACUCCACAUCAUCCUCGCAAGUAAAUUUACCGUCUGAGGUCGUUCAGGUUUUCGAACUCUCUUCUAGUUUCGAGCAAAACGCUCCGCAAUUGAAUCCUAGUUCUGGCACAAUAUUCGAAGUACAGGAGGUGCUGAGCCAGGAAGAAGACAAUGAGCAGACCCUAGAAAGGAAUGCAGGCCCGAGAACAAGGAUAAGGCGAUAUACUUGAACAAUGGGCUUUUUCUAGUGGAAUAAUAUAAAUAAAGG